GGAGGUCCCGGUGAAAGAAAGAAAUCCGCCGCGUUGCGCAUGCCCCGCGCAUUCGGUGCAUCUCGCACGCACUCACACACGCCGCCGCUCCACCAUUUCUCUUUUUCUGCUUUUUCUUUCCCUGCCUCCGGCAGUUCCUCCCAGUGGCCGUGGCUGCUAGAGCUUGUUAAAAACGCUUCCUCGCCGCCUUUCGAAGACACCCGUUGCACGUCCCGUCGGCUCCGCUUUUUUCCGCGACGGCUGCCGCUGCUUCGACGACGCCGAGUCGGUUGUGGCACUCCCGGAACCUUCGACGCCGAGUCCGCCGACCGGAGCACUGAGGACACAUCCGCCGCCAACGCAGUGCCGGCUGCGCUGUGCCGGAACAGGCAGCUCUCGGAGGGGGCACCAGCCGCAGCGCUCGCCUUAUAUGCAAGUGCCCAGUCUUCGAGGAAGUGAUCGGUAAUCAGAUCGGCAUAUAGAUGCGCCAGUUAGUCUCUUCCACUGCGCGAAGCUCCGCAAACAUGGCUGACUUGAGCAAUAAUCAACAGCAGCGGGAAGCUUCCCCAGCGGGAGUGCAAACGUGGCUAAAGCAAGAGCGCCAAGAAGAGGAAUCCAUGGAAGCCUCCCCCGUCAAUGCGAACCAACAGCGUGAGACCCCGUCACACACUCCCAAUGACUGUUCCCCGGGAUCCCCGCCGCAGCCUCAGCAGCUGCGGCAAAGCGAGGGCGAGUAUUCCCCUGUCCUGGCAACUUCGCGAGACGCUGACAGGGGCAGCGGUGGUUCAUCGCCCCAAGUGCCGGUCAUCAAGCGCGAAAUCAUGGACGACGACCAACAGCAGCAGGAGCCGCACAGUGCGGGCAUGGCGGCUUCACGAGCUAUGUCCGAACAGUUCUAUAACAAGUACAGUGGGUUCGACGAAGGCGGCUUCUACUCGCCGAAUGCGUGUCUGGCAGGCCUUCACUCCGUGGAUGGUUCUGUGUCGACUGUGCUCCGGUACCAGCCGGCCUCUUCCAGCGCGACCGUGCAGCCGCCAUUGUCACUAUACUCGCCUCCGGCAUCUAUGGCCAGCUCUUCGGUUAACGGCACGCGGGAUGGCACGCUUCCAGAAGAACAGAACGCCACCUACUCUCAUCUGACCCCGGCCAGCACCGAUCCUCUGGGCUACGCGCCCGGCAGCCCAUUCGCCUUGCCGACCACGUCCGCGUCGUCGGUGCCUGUGGACCACAAGAACUACCACCCGUACUCGCCCCCAGAUUCUAACUCGUCCCCGAGCCCAGUCCUUAUGCCAGCGCCGAACACAAUGUGGGGGUCGCAGCCCCAGGCAUCGCAUCAUGACGAAUACGUCUCGUCGUCCAAGCUGGCCAACACCGUGCUGGGCAUGCCUGCCAGCCGGAUACAGCACUCGUCGCACCACCACCAUCGCCACCAACAGCUGCAGCAGCAGCAGCAGCAACAACAACAUCAACUGCAGCAUCAGCAGCAGCUGCACCAGUCCCUCAUAACUCCCCCGAGGACACCGCAGAAUGGCACGGGCCAGCAUAUGGGCAGUGCGUACCCGCCCUUUCUCCAGGGGAUAGAACACCACUUGGCUCCGCACUCGUCCAUGGGGUGGAACCAGGGCGGAGACGCUGCUCACGGGGUCAUGACAGCUGGAUUCGCCAGUUACGCCACUCCCAUGAAUGACAAGAGGCUGCCCCCGAACUUCGGCGAGUACCUCUCUCCGCUGUGCGGCAACCUUCAGCAUCUAGACAUCAGUGGGAACAGCAGGAAAACCCACCAAGAUGCGACGGACAUGGAGAUGUACGUAGGCGAGGGCCGCGAGUGCGUCAACUGUGGCGCCAUCUCGACGCCCCUGUGGCGCCGGGACGGCACGGGCCACUACCUCUGCAACGCGUGCGGACUCUACAACAAGAUGAACGGCGCCAACAGGCCGGUCGCCAAGACGCCCCGACGAGUGGUGAGCAGGCUGUCUGCAGCGCGGCGAGCGGGCCUGGUCUGUUCCAACUGCGGCACAAGCAUGACGUCACUGUGGAGGAGGAACAACAGUGGCGAACCUGUGUGCAACGCCUGUGGCCUCUACUUCCGACUUCACGGGAUAAACCGUCCACAGAACAUGAAGAAGGACAGUAUCCAGACCAGAAAGCGCAAGCCUAAGAACGCUGCGGCUGGUAGUGCAGCUGCGGCAGGUGUGGGUGGACCCGUCGUCAAGGUUGAAACGGCUGCAGCAGCCGCCGUUGCCGCGGCCUUCGCUGUGCAAGGUGGUGUCUUGCUGUCCACGGGCUCGGCCGACCAGGCGUCAACGUUGCAGCAGCCGCAGCAAGCUCACCAGGAGCAGGGCGGCGCGCACCACCAGCAGCAGCAGGCUCAGCUUCUGGGAUCAUCGCGAGUUCCCGAAACUGCCACAGGGGAUAUGAACAGCCUGGCAGGCAAAAAUUCUGCGCUGCCUCACAUCAACCUGACCUUGCCAUUCUUCAGUCAAGCUGGGCUGACUUCCGUGGCAACCACUAGUCAUACCACUAACGCUGGCCUUGCGACUGUUGCCCGUGUGCCUGGAGUCAUGACACUGUCAUCCCUCAUGGCCUACAGUGCUGCUGGGGGAGUUCUGCGGCCACAGACCAACGGCCACUAUGCCCCUACCACGCUCGGGACCCUGGAUCCUGUGGCCGAGGCCCAGUCUGCCGAGCAGAGGGCGUCAAAUCUAAUGAGCCUUACAUCAUGAAGCAGGGAUAGCGUCAUUCGAUUGAUGUUGCUUGUCCAAAGCUGCUUAUAAUGUACAUGUGCACCGAACUUGAUGCAACACAUUUUCUGCAUAACACUUACCUUUUCACACAUUCAGUGCAACACGACAGGUACUUUCUGCGCAUGUGUCGCUGUAACGAUGCUGCCAUUAUAUGUGACCACGAAGUGCGUCCCUGACCCAGUGUUGCGGCAUCGUAGUAUAACUGUUCUGAAUGCUAAUAUAAUUACUUUGCAAAAAUGUGUUUCAUCAAUUUCUGCUGCCCUAGUACGUCAACCAGCAGACACUGUAUAAUUUCUACAUGAAGGGUGCCCACUCAGCUCAUUAAUAACAUCGGCUUAUCAUGCCUGAGAAGCAGUGCUACCAAAAACGGUGCAUUUUCACAAACUUGUAGCCGAGUGAUCAUUUCUUCCUCGCAUCCAAUCAUCUUGAGCUGCCUACACAUUCGCAUAUAAAUGGAGGGGUGACUGUUGAAUCCUAAAUCUAUCGUCUUCUGUGCAAAAAGAAAGUCAGAACUUAUAAUUUGCUGUCUAGUUAGUCAACUUCAUGAUGCAUGUCAUAUUGAAUGGGGUGUGCUGCAUUGACUCAGUCUGCAGAAGCGAUAGAAUGCUAUAAACAUUUUUGGGGCAAGUUUAUUUCUCAUAAACAAAGAGGGACACAUUGGGCUGAGUCAUUCAUAUUUGGGACGUAAAUAAUUGCCAGUAACUAUCUUGCGCUGCUUGACCUUCCCAUAGAUUUUCUCUACUGCACUUGCAUGCCUACGAUAAUUCAUUGAUGAGGGGCCUUAAUUAUUUGGGAGCAUUCUCUGCUUCACAGCAUGAGCCUUUUUCCUUGGUUGCAAAGGUGGGCUGAAUUUCUGAUAGUACAAACUUCAUGUUCCACAUAAAUUGUGCCAAAGGUGAGUUCAAUACUGUGAUCUAAUAAUGAAUGAUGGUAAAAGUAAAAUAUAAUAUUCAUAACACUUUAGGCUUAGAUGAGCAUGUUGAAAAUGCUGCUGCUGGGAAGAACAGAGCCUCAGAAUACAACGUUUGACAUAUUUUUUUAUAAUGUGGGCUACUACAAUAUUGCAAAGAAUCUGCUUUUUACAGCCCUUUGCUCCUUGGACUUGCUUCAGUGUUCUGCAGGUACCUAUGGGGCUAUAAAAAGCAUGACCUCUGAAUCUGCACACAUGGUAAAUAAAUCAUCAUUGAUUAAAUAUAGGCAGUCACACCAUCAUGUCUGUAGUUUUGGAAAAGCAUAUUAGUCCUAUUACAGGGUAUUCACCUGGUAACAGGGUUUCACACGAAGCUUCUGCCAACUAGUGCCUUUUUGUUGCAUUGAUGGGGCUGUUCCCUUCGAUGUUGCUUCUUUUCUGCUAUGCAGAGGGGUAGCAUAUCUGAAUGAAAGUUCACUGGGUCACAACAGUGCAAUAAUUUACUGUGACAUUUUCUUGUAUGCCAUACUCAUGCCAUGUAUUUGUAAGUAGUUUUGAUAUGUGCCUUAUAUUGUACCUUGUAUAAUUCAAUCUGCCAAUCAAAACCAUUCUUGACAGCAUGGCCAUGUAGACUGCUUGUUCAAGUUCUAUGUCUGCCCAUACACUUCACUGUACAGUUGAUCAUGAAAAUCUGCGAUCACAGCCAGCGUUCUCCGAACUAGGGUCAUUGUGUCUAAUGUUAAUUGCCCGAUCUUCAUAUCCAACAAUGCUUCUUUACCUGACACACUUACAUGGAGAGUGAAAUUUUUGGGGACCAACAAGUUUUCAUUUCAACUAUUUUUAUUAAGCACGACUUUUUCCUGUACUUUGCUAAAUUGAGCGAGUUUACUGUACAGAUGAAACAGCUGCUAUCUGAGGAAACUUGGAACUGUUGCGUUCAGUAUGAGUUGCAACUUGCGAGCCAUGAUGGAACCAUACAUCCGACAAACUAAGUUUCAGACGGCUUUGACAUUAAAGCACAACCCCCUACGUUGUGAUGUCGCUUAUCAAGCUGGCCCAUAAUGCACCCUUAGCAAAAAAAAAAAGCUUCAUGGCAAAACAUGUUACAUUAAGAGCCAAGAUAGUCCCUGCGGCUAGGUGGGCCAGUUUUUGACCAUUUCAGUAAUGGAGCAUGAGAAAUGAUAGAUUGCUUUUCACUAUCUUUUUCAGGGCAGUGGCUCGUGUAUUGCAUCUCACCAUGAACAUCAAACAGUUUGUGGUUUAACAAAAUACUGCACUAACUGCUUAUGGUCAGUGAUAACUUAAUUUUUUGACAAUUAUGUCUGGCAGUGUCGGAAAGCAAUCUUUCAGUGUUUGCUGUUCUUCCUUGCUAUUCCUUGUGGUCUCAGUAACUGGCCACUCCUUGCCACACUGGCUCAGACAAACUUUUCCUGUGAACAUUAAUGAAAUGUUGUUUGCAUUAAGUUGGUUAAAUAUGCUCAGUGCUAAAUUUGUUUCAAGCAAUUGCUUCUGUGUAUUGUUACCACAAGGAACAAAUUCUAAUUAUGUAUUGCUUUCUCCACCUUGAGCUUCUUUUUUAAAUGCUUCGUACCUAUACAGUUGAAGAAGUGUACUUGCGCAAGUAAGGCAUUCUAAAGCUUCUGGCUUAGUAUAGGCAAGGAGAGUGAUAUUCACAAGUGCCAAUUUUAUAUUCUACUUUGAGGUACAAACUGCUACGUUUUGCAUGGCUGCAGUAGUCCAGGCACUGUUGCGCGUUUAUGAGGUGUUGCCUUGCCCUACGGCAUUCUGAUGUUGCCUUGCCCUACGUCAUUCUGAUGGUGCCUUGCCCUACGACAUUCUGAUGCUGAAUGUGUAGUCGCCAGAGGUGUAUCAUGUCAGUCAUGGCACCAUCAGUGUAAUCACAGUGCAAUACUCAAAUACCAUCUUUUGUGUGGACUACUGGUGCAUAGGAAGAUUGCUCAAUUUACACAAGGCUCAUUUAUGGCUUUAUUGUGUGGAGAAACGUGACUAAGUGAGACUUGGUGCCGUAUUAGGCCCUUCUCAGUUUUACAGGUCUUGGGCUGUUCAUCUGUGUGUAUAGUGAGAGCGUACAUUAUGUGCUCAAUGCUAAAUCGUGGGUAGAAGCCAAACUUGCAAGCGUGGCAAGCAGCCUUACACUACACAGUAGAAGAGGUAUAAUCAAUACAGAUGCAUCUUUCCAGUCUGUAACUGUCACAUGUUGUUCUUCGUACUGACUGCCAUGUUAAUGCGAAGGCUGGUGCAACUCACGCCAUAAAUUUCUGUAAUGUAUCUUGUCGCACCGACCUGUGAUGAAUGUUGUAACGUGGUAAAUUGAGCCAGAAUUGCAUGCUCUUUUUCACCAUUGUUUUUUGUAUGUUUUUGUGCUGUUUGUAACUGCCAUAAGUGCAUUGUGAUGUUGCGUUAUCCUUAGCUAAGUGAGAACUUAUUGAAGUGCACCUAUCAAAACAAAAUAGAGUAAUGCAGCCCUCUCCUCAAUGCCAAUUGACUACAAAGAUGCUGCUAUUUUGAAUAUUCAAAAUAUCAUUAAGCAAACACUAGUACAUCCCAAAAAAUUAAUAAUUGUUUACGACUGACAACAACAAAAAAGAAACUUCAAGACGAACUUAUGAUCAACGAUGCUAUUUCUAAUUACAAACCUCAUUUGGCAGACAUAUUACAAUGUGUUAUGUCUUCCAUUACUUACAAUUCACCGAGGAUGACUUGAGUUACUGUAAGUGCUAAUAGUAUGCUCGUUCCUGGAGUGCACAGAUGCUGCAAUCUUUAAACAAUCAGAAGAUUGCCUGUGGCCCACACAUCACUUCUCCAGAUUAAGAGCUUGCUUGAUACUGAACACUGGUCUGGCAUCGAAAUUGGGUGAGGAAUACUUUGUGGUUUGGAAAGCUCCUUGCAAUACUCCUUUUAUACCAUAUUGCUUUUCUGAAAACCACCUUGCAACAUUUUUCUGGGAGGUGGGAUUCUCUGAAAGUUUGACGCUGUUUGGUGCUGGGAGAGUUCUGUCACUGCUCUGAUCUUAGUUUCACUCUAGCUGCAGCUUGAUAGACGCCACUAGAGCUUUUUUUUUUAUGUUUCCUGACCAAAACUUGCAACAAUUCACGCACGCAUUCUCACCUCUGACUCUUGCCGUUUGCAUGUGCAAACAUACUCCGUUGAUUGAGAGUGUAAAUGGGCACUCGUUUCGCAUUCACAGAGAGCAAGUCUUAUCUGCAACUGGGUAUUGCAGCAAUUACAUCCAUAUGACUGUCGUCAGAAGCGUGGUGCCUGCGUGUUGGAUUUUUCUAGUUUUCUUCUUUAACAAAUGUUGGACAGUUCUUUCCCUUUCUAUUUAAUAUAAUACAGAUACAAAGCCCUAUGGAGAGGGGGCGAACUCAAGCGGUAUUACAACAUUAGUACCUGUAUUCCAUUCGUGAGAGUGGAUUGGUGGCAUCAGUGUGCUUUAGUGUUUGUUUCUAUUAUUCUAGAAUUAGAGUUGUAUGGUUCUGUGUGUUUUCCUUUUUAUAUUUGAGGGACUCACUGUAUGCACAUUCUUGUGUUUAUGUUGCGUAUGAAUGUGGUUUGGUUGGCUUGCCAUCCUCUACAAAAAGAUCUCGCUCAUUUAUGGUAUCUUGUACUGAGUUUUUGUCAACAAAAGCUUAAACAUCUUCAUUGGUGCCUAAUGAAUGAAUGCACGCUGAGUUCUUGGGGCACUGAUGUCUAGUGCUCCCGCUGCUCAAGUUGCUGCUGCUGCUGUUUGCUGUUCUUGUAUUUGUUCUUGCGUGCAAGCUGUUCAUUUUAUAAUGUUCAAGUUUAAUGAUUGAACAAUUUCGGAUUGAGUCAGGGGGCUUUUUCUUUGUUGCUCAAAAGAAACGGGUAAUAUGUUUUGCAACCUUGUUCGUACCAAAGAUUAUGUGUGUUCCUGUUCAUUAAUUACCUGCGGUGCUGUUUCUGUUCUGUUUCGGUUUCAUUAAAAUUUGACCGAAAGCA